AUGACCAUUUGCUACUUGACCUUUGACCUUGCAUUUGGUGUAUCCAGUGCCACCCUGCUGCACUCCAAAUCUCUACGUGGGCAUAGAGACUGCUUUGAAAAGUACCAUCUCAUUGCCAACCAGAAGCUCUCCCGCGCCAAGGCCUCCCACAGCGCGUAUGAUGGCGUGAAGCGGGCUCUGAGUCAGCGAAUCAACCGCAUUAUACAGUACGCCCAGAACAGAGACUCCGUAACCGCUGAGACACCUGGGCACUGGGGGGCCAAACAGAUUCUGUGUCACACUCAGCAGGGCGGCAGGAAGCUCGUGCCCCAGUCCGAUGCCCAAGUUCCCCGUUACACCCCACGAUGGGCAGAGGAGGCGUCGAUGGCGGAGCCAGAGUAUGGGAAAACCAUGCUGGACUGCCAUUCUGCAGAGGAGCUUGGUCUCGGCCUGCUGCAGGGCUCACGCCAGGGACUGUGGGCUGGAGAGAGACACCACCCACAAGAACAGCAGAACCGAGAGCAGAGAGACACAGCCAGACAGAGGAGACACACGGGACACAGUCAAGAAGAGCUGGUGAGGAUGAGUGUGGAGGAGCUUCACCAGCUGAACGAGCAGCUGCUGCUACAGAUACAAAAUGUGUUUGAGGAGCUGUCUGUAGCUGUGCAGGAGAAGGACUCUCUUUCAUCAGAGCUUCAUGUACGGCACAUAGCCAUCGAGCAGCUCUUCAAAAACUGCGCCAAGCUGCCGUGCCUCCAGAUCGGGCGGGCGGGGGUCAAAGCUGGCAACAACCCAGUGGAAUGAGCGCUUUUUGGGGACAACAGAGUCCCUCAAAGACCAGACAGAAAGCGCAGCUCCAAGCAGACUCUCACGGAAGCUCAAAGCUCAAACGGACCAGAAAUGCACAACACUGUGCUAAUGAGUUUAAAGUCACCUCGCUCUAUAAGGUGGCAUCUGAAUUUUCAGCAAAAGUAUGCACUUUGAGAGCAAAAGUGUUUUGCGGGCCUGUCCAAAGUGUUUCUAUGCAGAAUGAGGUGUUUUUAAAGGGGUCAUGUGAUGUUGCUAAAAAGAACAUUAUUUUGU